AUAUAGAAACGGAAUUAUCCGAAUUAAUGAUUCUUUUGUUUCACACGAGAAGAAAAAAUCCUAAAUUGUUAAGCGCACGUACGCCUCCAACAAUUGCAACACGAAAAUGUCUAGAGAUGAUAAUGGUUGGUCAAAGCUUUAUCCUGAUCUUUUGCGAUCGAUAUUCGAAAGCUUGAGUUGCUUGGAUUUUCAUCGAGCAGGAACCGUUUGUUCAAACUGGUAUGCCGUAUCUCGAUCAUGUCCUCUGUAUCCAUGGAGAAUCGUAUUCCGAGGUAAGAAUUCUGUCUUGUUUGAUCCAAUACAAGACAAGAUCUACACCAAAAAUCUUCUUGGAAUCGACUUGUCCAAAAUCCAUUGUCUUGCUAGUUAUGGUAAUUGGAUCCUAAUCGUAGAUCCUCGUUUAGAUUUCUACCUCUUGAACGUGUUUACUCGCGAGACGAUCAAUCUUCCUUCAUUAGAGUCAUCGCUACGUGGUGAUCGUCCUUUUAGAUUCAUACGAAAUGAUGACGAGUCUGGAUACUUUCUUGAGCUCUACGGCACCAAGUUUCUCUUGACGUGGAACGAUUUUAGGUUUGAGAAAACUGCUAUCCUGUGGGUAAACGGGAGAAAUGGAGAUUACGUUGUUGCUUGGGCUAUCAAACAGUUCUAUAUCUUCUCAUACAAAAAAAUAGGAAAUGAUGAUGAUGAUAAGCGAUGGAGUAUCACAUGCACACAAUGUGAGGAUAUGGCUUAUAAAGAUAACAAGCUUUAUGUGUAUACAUUUGAUCAUUACAUCAACAUUCUUGAUUUCUCUGGAAAUUCUCCUAAAGAACCCAUGGAAGAAAACCCUUAUCUUAGUCAUCCUUUUAGUUUCGUAGAUGCGAUUUAUAAGUUGAGACUUGCGGUCACAAGGGAAGGAAAGGUUCUAAUCGUUCUGAGUUUAGUAGGGUUAGAUAAAAAGAUUUGCAUCUACAAGCUGAAUCUUAAGAUUGGUGAUUGGGAAAUAGUAGAGUCCUUGGGAGAUGAAAUGUUGAUUUUUGGUCAUGGGGUCACAAUAAGAGCACCGGACAAAGAUAUUAGUGGGGGAGGACUCAAGAGUGAUUCAAUAUGUUUUCUUUAUGAUGACUAUUUGUCUGAUCAUUAUCUUACAAUGAAGAGACAACCAAUUUGCGGUGUGUUCGAUCUUGCGACAAGUACAAUCACAUGGCAUACAAGAUUAGAAGACCUGUCUUCGAAGAUUUGUUGGUUUGUUCCAGGAUGUGCUUAGUCUAAAACUCUCCUCCUCAGUCUCUGAUUUUGGUUUUA